UUUCCCAACAAAGAUAGGAGUGCAACCAGAAUGAAGCAAGGAUCCAGCCAAGCAGUUUUAAAAUGGAAAAUGAAGGUGCCUACCCUCGAUGUGAGUGUCAGUGUGUUGGAUCCAAUACUGUCCGAGGCUGACCUCUCAGCCUCUAAUCUACUAAAGGUAACUUUGGAGACAGCCUACUCUGUCCCAGACUCAUGGAUGCUGCCAUCCGGCCCUGCUCCCACUACCUUCACAUACACUGCCGCCCUAGAGAUCCCUCUUACUGCAGACCAAGACCAAGUGCUAGUGUUCCCUGAAGGGCAGCUGAAGGCAGGGGGGCAGGGAGAAGAAAAGGAACGUCAGAAGAAGAGGCCCCAUAGGGACACACUAGCUCCAGAGAACCACUUCCUGCCUGGAGUCUUUUUCAAGCCAGAGGAAAUUGAUCAGGAGGAUGGUGAGCUGACUGCUCGAGAGGACCGGGCAUUUCGUGAUGAGGCAGAGACCACGAAGAACAGAGUGAGCUGGGACACAGAGAUGUACUGCUUUCUGGACGCAGGGGGAACUACAAGGCUGAAGCAAAGGAUAACUAAGAGCAGAUUGUGGCCAGUGGAGAUCAUGAGGUCAUUGGCUCCAUUAUCAAAGUUAGGUGCUGAGGACUCAGAAAUCCCCUACCAUGGUUUGGCAUUUAUAGACUUUGGGCAGCUGCUGUAUCCUGGAGUCCAGCGAAUCCGAGGAGCAUACAGCGUUCAGCCUUUCUCUGAGGAAGAUUUGCUGAAUAAGGCCAAGCGAAGCAUCAGUGUUUUAAAGGAAAAAGCUAAGGAAGCUGCCAGCCAGGCCAAAGAUAUUGUCAGCUCUAACAAAGCAGCAAAGAACAUGAAUGGAAGCAACAAGGGACCCACAGAUUCCAAUGAGCAAGGCAAAAAGAUGUAUGUGGAGGCCAGAACUUAUAUUAUCAUUGAGAUAGCCUUGGAGAAACCGCUGGUACCAAAACCAUCACCAGAAGAGCUAGCCCAAAGGGUGACGGCAUUGAUCCCUCCCAAACCUAAACGUCCAGCUGGUCCUAGUAGAGCAGAAAGAGCUGUGCUGGACUUCCACAGGCAGGUAGCAAACACGGUGUCCCAUGUUUCAGAACAGUGUGAGGAACUAUUUGGAACAAGUUGUGAAAUUCCCCAAGACGACAGCUUGGAGAAAAUGAAGAUUCAGUUGAUAGGAGCGCUCAAUGACUCUGGGAGAUACUUUGUCUUCAAGGAACAAAUGAAGCAUGCGGUGGUGAGGAUCGUACGUGACAAGAUGAGGCGGACAGAGCCGUUCACGGAUGAUCAACAGCUGAAGGAAUUUGCCAGCAAACUCUAUGUCUACCUGGUUGAUGAGAUGCACGUUGCUAUGAGCAAGAUUUAUUCUCCAGAUGCUGUUGAGGGCUACCCAGAUAACAUCCAGUUACACUGUUCUCAGCUCUCACAUUUUGCCAGAGAGGCACAGCUUACUGGGAAUUACGAGCAGGCUGCAUAUUACUGGAAAGAGCUAGUGGUCAGGCACCCAAAUGAGCCCACCUAUAUGUUUGAGUGGGGGGGCCUGUACAUGCUGACCGGAGACUACCUGAAGGCAAAAGAGUGUUAUCAUGAUGCUGUGUCUAUCGACCAAGUGCACCAACCCAGCCUGAUGAUGUGUGGGGUAUUGGCAGUGAUGUUUGAGCAUUACAGUGAGGCCCAGACUUUCCUUGAGCGAGCCACCAGCCUAGACCCUCUCAGCGUGGUGGCCUGGACACUGCUGGGUUUGUUCCAUGCGGGUCAGAACGACUCCAUCCAGGCUGAGAGGGCUUUUAUGGAAGCCACAAAGCUGUUGAAUGCAGAAGAGGCAAAAAAGCAAGAGCAGAGCGAGGAGAAGGGGGAGAAAGACAAGGAGAAGAAACACGAAGAGGAAGAGAACAAGCAGGAGGCAGAUGAAACAACAAACUCUCCCAGAGUUAUGCAAGAACUUGUUGACCAGGAUUCAGAGAUGCACAAAGAAGAGCCUCCAGCACCGAGUGUCAGCUUGAAAUCAGCUCCUGCUACUAUUUACACACAGACCAUCCAAUUCCUGCUGCAGAACAAUGCACUGCAGAUGGCAGAAGUCGCUCUAUCCGAGGAGCUCCUAUGUUCAGAUGGCGGUCGCAGUGCUUCCUACUUCAUUCAUCUGGCCCAGUUGCAGCUGCUUAAAGCAGACUACUGCAGUGCUGCUGCCAACCUCAAAGAGGCACUGUCCAGCAUAGAUCAGGAUCCUGAUGCAUGGGCUUGGAAUGGUCACUGUCACUAUCUACGAGGGGAGUUCCAUGAGGCUGAGGAGAGCUACGAGUGGAGCUUCAAAUUCCAGCAGAAGCCAUCAGACUCUCACAUUGUCUUGCUCCGCCUGGGAUCCAGCUACUUUAUGCAGGAGAAGUUUCAGGAAGCCAAGGUUGUGUACCUGCAGGCCUGUGAACAGUCUCCAUCCUGCCUGACCUGGCUAGGCCUGGGCGGUGCAUGUUACCGGUUGGAGGAGUUUUGUACAGCUGAGGAAGCUUUGACUGAGGCCAACCAUUUGGACAACCAGAAUGCAGAGGUCUGGGCUUACCUGUCUCUCAUUUGCCUCAAGUCUGGCAAAAAGGAGGAAGCAGAGAAGUUUUAUAAAUAUGCAAUACGGUUCAACCUACAGAUGGAGUCACUCCACAAAGAGUUUGAAAAGUUGAAGAAUCAGCUUCGCUUCCAUCAUCUGGAGUCAUGCUUUGAAAGAAGCACUGAAGCAAAAGAAUAAAUCAUAUGUCCAAGUAUGUACACAUUA